GAUUACACACACCAUUGUAUAUUAUACAUAGUUUCUUUAUUUAAUAAAUAUAUAUUUUGUUACUUCUUAUCUCCACGUGUCUCCCUUUUGUUACGGGCUUUGAGCCGGUUCGUGACAAGUGGGGGCUCAUCCGGGAUAAUUGAACGGAUUGGUUUGGGAGAACGUGGAGGUACGUGUUUGGUUUACAUAUUUGGUUUGAGUUUGAUAGGCCUAGUAUUGGUUGCCUUUGUUGUUUGGUUUGUGUGCUGCGUUGGAGAGAGAGUAUAAUGGUUAGUUUCCAGGCCCUGCCCAGCCUGGAAACUCUUGUUCUACUUUCUGUUGGGACAUCGGUCUGAGGAGGUGAGUAAUCGGCUGUGUACCUCAGUGGGAGAUUUGGUAGGGUAGUGGAAUUUACUACCCGGAGCUAUAGCCUUUUACCCCUGAUAGGCUUAGUGACGUGUUUCAUUUUUGGAAUAUGUUGGGCAUGGUUAAUGUUUGUUAUUUUUGUGUGGUGUCUGUGGACUGAGCAGUUGUCUCGGGGGCACAUCCGUGGCUUGGUGGAAUCUGCCAGCGUGCUGGGGGGUUUAUUACCUUGCCAGCGGGCUACAGUGCGUAAAUACCCACCGCAAAUCCGCACGAAGACUAGGGUUGAGUUAUAGUAGGUUUUGGGGAAGCUCCUUAUCUCCUCUCUCUUCUGUGGUGCUCAGGGUGAUUGUCAUUUCUUGAGUUGUGGUCUGGUGUGCUCAGCAGAGGGGAAGAGUGAGAAUUUUUUUUUGUAACUAUGGCGUCUUUUGUAGAUGAGUUCAUUCGCUUUCCAUCAGAGGAAUUGUUAGAAUUAGGUACUAAAGAACAGCUGUUGAAAAUCGCCGAAUACUACAAGGUUGAAAUUAGUGAUAAACGUUUAAAGAAUUCUAUUAGGUUGAUAUUGAAGGCCAAUCUGAUGGAGAGUGGUGUUCUUGAAGUUACCACUGGGCCAGCCUCUGCUGAGGAGUCAUCUCCCCGUAACGUUACAAUGGCCAUUCCAUCGGUUAGUCCUAGUAGUCUUCUUUUUGAACAGCAGAAAGAACUGCUUCUGUUACAGCUGGAGCAUGAUCGGCAGCAUGAUCGUGAGAAGCUAAAUCAUGAUCGUGUAAAGUAUGAAAGGGAAUUAGCAUUUAAACAAGAUAUGGAGAUGGCUAAAAUCAAGUUGCAACAAGAACGGAUAGAGUUGAUUAGGGAAGGAAAGAUUUCAGGGGAGAGUUUGUUCUGGGAAGGUGACCAAGAGUUACCUAGGGGUCGUUCCUCUUUUGGUCGUGCCCCGGACACAUUUGAUAUUGUUGGGAACUUACGGUUAUUGCCUCAGUUUAAUGAAAAGGACCCUGAGACAUUCUUUUUGUUGUUUGAGCGUGUUGCUGACGCUAGGAGUUGGCCUGAUUCUGACCGCACCUUAAUGUUGCAGUGUGUACUGACUGGUAAAGCGCAGGAAGCAUAUUCAGCUCUUAGUGUACACGACAGUACCUGUUAUGAUAAGGUUAAAAUGGCUGUGUUGCAGAUUUAUGAAUUGGUCCCUGAGGCUUACCGCCAACGAUUUAGAACUUUAAAAAGGGAUGAUCAACAGACUCAUGUGGAGUUUGCGCGACAAUUAUCUGUACAGUUUAAUCGCUGGUGUUCUGCCUCUGCAGUUGUGACUUUCCAAGGGCUGUGUGAUCUGAUUAUGUUAGAGCAAUUUAAGGACACAAUCCCUGAUCGUAUUGCCACGUAUAUUAACGAACGAAAAGUAAAGAAUGUCGUUGAAGCAGCGGUUUUGGCGGAUGAGUAUAUGUUAACUCACAAAAGAGUCUUUGCAGAGCCCCGUAUUCGGAAUGAGUGGGGGCGUUCGGAUAGAUUUGGGCUUCGCUCACCGAGAUACUUUGGUUCACGGGCAGAGUUCAAUUCAACUAGGGUUGAGCCUGAAUCCCGUGGAAGAGCUGACUUUGGGCAAGAGUGUCAUUACUGUCAUGAUUCAGGUCAUUGGAAAAACGAAUGUCCGGUUCUCAGGGAAAAGGACAAAUUCAGUACGCGUGAUUACGUUAAAUCUAAGCCUACGGCGUUAGCUGCGCCUGUUUCACAUCAGUUCACUCAUGACACAUGGUCUCAGGGGCAGGUGAAAGUCCAUAUUCACUCAGGCUAUUUACCUUUCAUUACGGAAGGUUUUGUGUCUAUAUUAGGGAGUAAGGAAUUGGUGCCAGUGAAGAUCUUGAGAGACACAGGUGCCUCCGAAUCGUUUGUGUUGGAGUCUGUGUUACCCUUUUCAGCUGAGACUGAUUCGGGGAAGAGUGUUCUAAUUAGGGGGAUAGGUUUGAACACUCUUUCAGUUCCAUUACAUAAAAUGAUGUUGGAUUGUGGGCUGGUAAAAGGUGAGGUUGUUGUGGGGGUGCGUCCUUCGUUGCCUAUUGAGGGUGUUGACGUUGUUCUUGGGAAUAACUUGGCUGGUGAUCGUGUAUGGCCUGUCGUGUUUCCAUCUCGAGUUGUUCCCAUAAAGCCGUCAGUUGUUGAGAUUCCAGAUGAGAGUGUACAGAGCUCCCCAGGGAUGUUCCGUGCGUGUGCAGUGAUGAGUUCUAUGAGUCGUGGCGAACUGGUCACUGUGCCGACUGAUGAGAAUACCACAAAGAAGUAUGCCACUGCUUUCCCUGUUAUUCCGUUGUCUGUUACCCACUCAGAUCUAGUCAGUGCGCAGCGGACUGACCCCACAUUGGAAGAGUUGCGUGACCAAAUUGUGCCUGUGGAACAGUUGGGAGAUGUCACCCAUUGCUAUUUUCUCAAAGAGGAUGUCCUGAUGAGAAAGUGGGUGUCUCAUGGUAGUCGUUUUCUGGGGGAGGCGAUUAGUCAGGUUGUGGUACCAGUAAAGCUUCGUGAGUUGGUUUUGACAACUUCUCACAAUGGUGUUGCUGGACAUAUGGGUGUGAGGAAAACAUACCAUCGCAUAUUACGACAUUUCUUUUGGCCUAGAUUAAAGAGGGAUGUCUCUGAUUUCAUCAAAACUUGUCACACCUGUCAAUUACCUGGUAAACCUAAUCAAGCUAUUAAGACGGUACCACGGUUUCCUACUCCUGUACUCAGCCAACCUUUUGAGUAUUCGAUCAUUGACUGUGUGGGUCCUUGGCCUCGUACAAAAAAAAAAAAAAAAAAAAAGGUUGUAGCUGAUGUGGUCUCGUGCGCCCUCUUCCUGAAUGUUUGUAUGGUCAGGUUCUGUCUUUCCUGUCUAUUCCGUCCUGGUCUGGGGAGCCUUCUUUCCUCUUAAAAGUUGCUUCCUAUGCACUAAUGUUGCUGAGGUCUGGGGUGUCUUCUUUUCUCUUAAAUGUUGCUUCCUAUGUAUUAAGGUUGCUGAGGUCUGGGGAGUCUUCUUUCCUCUUAAAGGUUGCUUCCCGUGCACAAAGGUUGCUGAGGUCUGGAGAGGAGAUUGGCUGGGGCAAAUUUGGAAGAGGGAACACGUACCCCUCAUAAAUUUGGGACGCAAGUGCUGUGUCAGUUUGGGACGCAGAGGGCGGUAUGUUGUUCCGGGGUCCUUGUUGGUCCCCGGUUUUAUGGGGGGGAAUGUGACGACCCUCCCACUCUGUCUACCGGUUUCUCUCUCUUUGCUCUUGUUUCCUUAUUAGGAUGCCGGUGGGCGGAGUUGGGAGGGUCGUCAGCUACAUGGGAAACACCUGGGCCCACUCUCCCAGGAUAAAAUCACAACUUCCCCAUUCAUCAAGGAGACUCUCUCCAUACAGACACUUUGAUAGUUUUUGUUGCGUUUGGUUGUGCUUUUUGGUUGUUUGUUUUAGCAUCUUUCAACACCUUGCAUUAUCACAUUCAUCCAUGCAAAACAUUCACUUACACUACUGAUUACUGAUUACACACACCAUUGUAUAUUAUACAUAGUUUCUUUAUUUAAUAAAUAUAUAUUUUGUUA